CCUGUCACUUGCACUGAAGUCCAACGUAUUAUUAUGGCAAUGCCAAAAAAUAAGUCACCAGGUCCAGACAAGAUAAACAUGCGUAUCAUUAGAGACUGCUUGCCAGUUAUCUUGGGCCCUCUUACGCACAUUAUAAACUCUUCCCUGCUGACAGGCGUGUUCCCUAACGAAUGGAAACUAUCCGAAGUAACACCACUACAUAAAGAUGGUGAUAACGAAGUUGCCUUGAAUAACCGACCAAUCUCACUCUUAGAAUAA